AUGAAGCCGAAGAGGAGGCCCUCGCUGAGGCGGCCCCCUUGUUCCUCGUGGCUCCGCCCUGUCUGCAGUGCAUCUGAGGGGGCUGAGCUGGGGCACCAGGUGGCUGUCCCCCGGCCCCGUCACAAAGGCCCCAGACAGUGCCAGGAGCUGCGUGGGAUGGAAGCGGCCACUCAAGACAACAGCUCUGGGACCUGGAGGCUGGGCUUCCUACACCUUGCCCGGCAGAAGGCGUGGAUCCUGGACCACGAAGAGGCUCGAGGGGACAUCCGGAGGGAGUCUGCGGGGGCUGAAGCAGGAGUGGGGGCAGUGGUUUGGCUGCCGCUGCAGUUCUCACAGCGGAUUUGGGGAGCGAGGCUGGCUGAGCACAGGGCCUGGGCACCCUCCGCCCCAGGCCAGUCUGGAAGGGCUCCUCCUCAACCCAGGAGCUCACCAGGCCCAAGUGGCCACGCCCUGCUGCCCUCUCUUGCACACGAGCAGUGGAUGGUUCCCCUUGAGGCCUCAUCCUCACCAAGAAAGGGGUGGUUCCUCAUUGACCCCCAGGCCCCACCUGCCCUGCGGGUGACGCCAUCGCCCCGGGACUCGCUAAUGAAGAAGAGCGGCUCAGUUCGGCCGUGA